AGUGCCUUUACAAUCAAGCUAGAUGAGGUGAACAAGGUGAGGGAUCAAGGAUCAUCAUUUAGAGGAAUUACUCUUUGUUAAGCCCAGAUCUGGAGGAUUUAUGCUCAGGCUGUUGGCAUCUAAUCUCAGCUACCACACUUAAGCAGCAAGAUGUUUAACAUCCAGUAGCACAAGAGAAACAAGAACAAGAAACUACCUGACCACUAAUUUAGCGUUGCAUCCAUGCAGCCAUCUGUUUUUUUCCAAAAUGCUUCAUCCUAUGUGGGCCCGAAUGGGGAACCUGCUCUGUCACGCACUGGAUUCAUCAUUCUCUCCAUCCUUAUGGCUAUUUUCACCGGUCCGGCCAUCGUACUCAACGCUACGGUGAUCAUUGUAUCUCUCACACAGCAGCUGAGGCAGCCGCUCAACUUCGCUUUGGUGAACAUGGCUGUGGCUGACCUGGGCACAGCCAUGACUGGAGGGGUGCUGUCUGUGGUCAACAACGCCCAGGGGUACUUCUCCCUGGGAAGAACAGGAUGUGUGAUGGAGGGCUUUGCAGUGUCCUUGUUUGGCAUUACGUCUCUGUGCACAGUUGCUCUGAUUGCAGUGGAGAGGAUGUUUGUUGUUUGUAAGCCAUUGGGGUAUAUGACUUUCCAAAAAAAGCAUGCUGUUGGAGGUAUUGCCUUAUCCUGGCUGUGGUCCCUCACUUGGAACUUGCCUCCCCUGUUUGGCUGGGGCAGGUAUGAGCUGGAGGGCGUUGGGACGUCCUGUGCACCAGACUGGCACAACCGAGACCCUAACAAUUUCUCCUACAUCCUGGCUUACUUUGCGGUGUGCUUUGCAGUUCCCUUUGCCAUUAUCUUGUCAUCCUAUGGAAUGCUGAUGUGGACACUACACAAGGUAUCAAAGAUGGCCUGUCUAGAAGGUGGUGCAGUAGCUAAAGGAGAGCUGAAGGUGGCGGCCAUGGUGGUUCUGAUGGUCCUGACAUUCCUGAUCAGUUGGUUGCCUUAUGCCAGCCUGGCCAUGCUGGUGGUCUUCAAGCCCGAUGUGGAGAUUCACCCGCUGGUAGGCACAGUGCCUGUUUACUUGGCCAAGAGCAGCACUGUAUACAAUCCUAUCAUCUACAUCUACCUCAACAAACAGUUUCGUAGAUACACAGUGCCCUUCCUACUGUGUGGAAAAGAGCCCUUAAUGGACGAUGAUUCAGAGGGGUCAUUGACUGUCGAGAUUCCAGCCGGCAAAGUGUCUCCUGCCUGAAAGUACAAACACCUACAACUAUCUAUUAAAAAUGUUUUUGGUUUAAAUGUUUACAACACAGUGUACACGUCCUUUUUGUCAGUUGCAACACAGUGGAACCAAGACUACCAUGUUGAAUGGUUGUGUUUGGGUGUUUUGCUGAGCAUUGGUUUAUCUUGUUUUUUUUUUGUUAAUUCAGUUUUUUUGCUUUGGUACCCAGAGCUCCUUGACUUGAUUGAAUGAGCUCAAAAACACCAGGGAUACAACUCCAGCAAAUUUCAUUUAAUACUUUGCUUUACUGUUUAUUCCCUUCUAAUGUGUUUAUUGUACCAAAUUAAUUUGGCAAUAAAUGCUAUUCAACUUCAGAUU